UCAGCUCAGAGGCUGCAGUGAGGGGGAAGUCUACCAGACCGGGGCCAUGGACCUCAGCGUGCUCCUCCUCCUUGCUCUGCUUGUGGGAUUCCUGCUUCUCCUGGCCAGAGGCCGCCCAAAGGCCCAUGGCCACCUCCCACCAGGCCCCCGUCCUCUGCCCUUGCUGGGGAACAUUCUGCAGGUGGACAGAAAAGGCCUGCUUAAAUCUUUCCUGAAGUUGCAAGAAAAAUACGGGGAUGUCUUCACGGUGUACCUGGGACCAAGACCAGUCGUUGUGAUAUGUGGGACAGAUGCCGUGCGGGAGGCCCUGGUGGACCAGGCUGAGGCCUUCUCUGGCCGGGCGCAAAUCGCCGUCGUGGACUCAGUAUUCCAAGGAUAUGGUGUGGUCUUUGCCAACGGGGAACGUUGGAAGGCCCUUCGACGAUUCUCUCUGGCCACCAUGAGGGACUUUGGGAUGGGAAAGAGGACUGUGGAGGAGCGGAUUCAGGAGGAGGCUCAGUUUCUGGUGAAGGAGCUGCAGAACACCCAGGGAGCUCUCAGAGACCCCACCUUCUUCUUCCAAUCCGCCACCUCCAACAUUAUCUGCUCCAUCGUCUUUGGAGAACGCUUCGACUACAGAGAUCCCGAGUUCCUGAGGAUGCUGGACUUGAUCUUUCAGUCCUUUUCACUCAUCAGCUCCUUGUCCAGUCAGCUGUUCGAGCUCUACUCCAGCAUCUUGAAGCACUUUCCUGGCACACACAGGCGUAUCUACAGUAACCUGCAGGAAAUCAAAGACUUCAUUGGCCGCAAUGUGCAGAAGCACCGUGAAACCCUGGACCCCAGGGCCCCCCGGGACUUAAUCGACACCUACCUGCUCCGCAUGGACAAAGAGAAGUCCAACCCCAAAAGUGAGUUCCAUGAGGAGAACCUCAUCAACAAUUCUCUGUCGCUCUUCUUUGCUGGCACCGAGACCACCAGCACCACUAUCCGCUACGGAUUCCUGCUCAUGCUCAAAUACCCCCAUGUCACAGAGAGAAUCCACAAGGAGAUUGACCAGGUGAUUGGCUCACACCGCCCACCAGCCCUUGAGGAUCGAGCCAAAAUGCCAUACACUGACGCAGUCAUCCACGAGAUUCAGAGAUUCGGAGACCUCAUUCCCAUUGGCAUUCCCCACAUGGUCACCAAAGACACUUACUUCCGAGGCUACAUCCUCCCCAAGGGCACAGAAGUAUAUCCCAUCCUGAGCUCUGCUCUUCAUGACCCCCGUUACUUUGAAAAACCAAAUGCCUUCAACCCUGACCAUUUUCUGGAUGCCAACGGGGCACUGAAGAAAAAUGACGCUUUUAUGCCCUUCUCCCUAGGGAAGCGCAUCUGUCUUGGCGAAGGCAUCGCCCGUGCCGAGUUAUUCAUCUUUUUCACCACCAUCCUCCAGAACUUCUCCGUGGCCAGCCCCAUGGUCCCCGAGGACAUCGACCUCACACCCAAGGAGAGUGGUGUGGGCACAGUGCCCCCGACGUACGAGAUCCGCUUCCUGCCCCGCCAAAGGGGCUGAGGGAAGGGGGUCCAACCCUUUCAGGGUCAUGUGUGUCCCCACCUCUGCAGAGAAUGGCCCUUUGAUUCUCUCCCUCUCUGCUGCCUCUGAGAGACCAGCUGUAAGCCAGCAUCCUCCCACUCCUUGGGUGCCACCUCCCUGGGAAAGUCCCAUCUGCAGUCUCACCCCCUCUCA